UAGGUGCAUGCUGGGGCUUGUGGCAGCCCCAGCCUGUGUGUGGGAGCGAGGCCCAUGGCCACUGGGCAAGAAGCCUGGCCCUCACCCAGACCCACCCUCACCGCUUCCUGGAGGCUCCUCUGUAACUCUUUGCCUUCUUGAGAGGAGCAGCGUGCUCUGGAAGGCAAUUCCUUGGGGGCCAGGGUUGAGGGUGUCUGUGCCAGAGUGGCAGGGACUGUGGCCUGGAAAGGGAGGUAUUUUCUAUCAGACUCUUGGGCCAGAGCUAGAGGGGUAAAAUGGGUACAAGGCUGGCGUCAGAAGCUCCCCUGGAUCGGGGGGUGAGGCCCCAGUUACUGGCAGGCAGCCCUGAUCCUGGGGCCUGUCUGCCAGCUUCUGCCUGGGUUGGCAUAGAGGACAGCCAGUUGGCCUCUUGUGCUCUGAGCUGGCUGAGCACAACGUGUCAGGGUAAGAGGGGCCCCUAAGGGGCUUCAAGCAGGAGGGCUGAGGGCACUGCCAGUUCAUCUAUGGCAGACAGCUUUGUACAGCCACCAGUACUGAGGAUAUAGGUACAGGCUACCCCCCCUACCGGCUUGGCACCAGCUGGGUCAGCUCACUGUCCCUCCAGCCUGCCCUUCCCCUAGCAUCCAUGGCUGUAGGAGUGUCCUUAGCAGGGCUGGGGGAGGGCCAGGGGCUGGCUGCUGGUUAAAUUUAGUGUGUGAGGUAGGGCAGCUACCCAAGGUCCAGCUGCCACUUGGUCCCUGCUGCCCGGGGGUGGGCAGGGGCUGGCCCUGCCUGGGGGCUAGAGGGCAGGCCUGGUUGCUUUGGGAGGCUGUUGUGGCAGUGGAGCUGAGAGGUGUGAAGUGUGUGGGGGGGUGGCCAGCUGGAGCUCCCUGAUGGCUUCUGUCUUAACCAGCAAGGUCAGAGGAACAAAGACCCGCCCCUCCGCCUGCCCGCCCACCCUGGGGCCUGCCAGCUACAGCUCAGCUCAGAGGGCCGUCUCCCUGACCCUCAGUUCAGGUUUAGAUGCAGGCUGCUUGUUGGCUCCUUGCAGGGCCUGUGGAGGUGGGGCUCUGGGGGCCUAUCACAGUUCCCUUCCCACUCUCUCCACCAAUCAGGAGCAAGAGUGAAGGGGCGAGUAGGUCACCCUUGGCCUGGGGUGUGGUUCUGGGGCAACUCCAAGCUGGUGCCUGGUGAAAGGGCACAACCACGCCUGGACAGCUGAGGCGUGAGGUGUCCCUGGGCCCAGGGCUGGCCUGUCUCCAGCCCUCUUGCUUAAUAUCCCUAAUGUCCUGCUGUGCUGAUCAGGGACCAAGGUCCAACCAUAGUGCCCUUGCAGCCUCCAGGCCAUGGCCACCAGCCCAGAAGGGGCUGGAUGGAACCCAGAGGCUGAACUUCUCACUCCCCUCCCUAACACCCCCCCAGAUUCCCGAGGCCUGGCUUGGUUACCUAGGAGAUAUGUCCACUGGCCCCGGCAAAGAUGGGGGCACUGAGAGGGCUAGGACUCAGCCAAGCCCUGCUGGGGUAAAUCUCCAGCUGCCCCAGGCUCCAUUCUUGCCUUGGGGGUCAUCCUUUCCAGCUCUGCCAAGCCCCAGGGCUGCUGGGCCCAGGCUUAGACCUCCCCCCACCCCGUGACACUCAGUCCCUCACAGUUGCCUAGACCUUACUUCUGUAUCUACCCCUAUCUGGGUCUCCUGCUCUCUUGUCAUGGGGAAACUGGGCGGGCACUGGGCCUCGCCCCAAGCUCCGCCUGCCACUUCACCCACUCCCUCUGGCUCCCUGGGGCAGAACUGUGCCCAGGCGGGUGGGGCGGGGCCCAGCUGUCCCCAGCUCCUUCAGCCCUUUUUAUCCCUUUCAGUGGGACUAGCAGGCUGCAGUGAAGUGGGUGCCCUCUUACCUUGAGUCUCCCCAAGCCAGGCUCCCCUCUCCCAGACUUGGUCAACUAAGCCUGGACCCACCUUCCCCCAUCCCCACUUUGGGGUCCUGCCGUCUGAGCUGCCUUCCUGCCUGGUCUAAGCAGAGCCAUGGCCUUGAGGGCAUGUAACCAGAGCCAGGCUACACGGAAUGGGCUGAAGGAGAAGGUGCUGACACUGGACACCAUGAACCCAUGUGUGCGGAGGGUGGAGUAUGCGGUGCGUGGCCCCAUAGUGCUUCGUGCCUUGGAGCUGGAGCAGGAACUGCGCCAGGGUGUGAAGAAGCCCUUCACAGAGGUCAUCCGUGCCAAUAUCGGGGACGCACAGGCCAUGGGGCAGAAGCCCAUCACCUUCCUGCGGCAGGUCCUGGCCCUUUGUGUAAACCCGGAUCUCCUGAGCAGCCCCAACUUCCCUGACGAUGCCAAGAAAAGGGCGGAGCGCAUCUUGCAGGUGUGCGGGGGCCACAGCCUGGGGGCCUACAGCAUCAGCUCUGGCAUCCAGCUGAUCCGUGAGGACGUGGCACGGUACAUCGAGAGGCGCGAUGGAGGCAUCCCCGCGGACCCCAACAACAUCUUCCUGUCUACGGGGGCCAGCGACGCUAUCGUGACGGUGCUGAGGCUGCUAGUGGCCGGCGAGGGCCGCACGCGCACAGGUGUGCUCAUUCCCAUCCCCCAGUACCCGCUCUACUCCGCCGCGCUGGCCGAGCUUGACGCAGUGCAGGUGGACUACUACCUGGACGAAGAGCACGUCUGGGCGCUCGACGUGGCCGAGCUGCGGCGAGCUGUGCGUCAGGCACGUGACCACUGCCGACCGCGAGCGCUCUGCGUUAUCAACCCUGGCAACCCCACCGGGCAGGUGCAGACCCGCGAGUGUAUUGAAGCUGUGAUCCGAUUCGCCUUCGAAGAGCGGCUGUUUCUGCUGGCUGAUGAGGUGUACCAGGACAACGUGUACGCCGAGGGUUCCCAGUUCCACUCAUUCAAGAAGGUGCUCACGGAGAUGGGACCUCCCUACGCCGGGCAGCAGGAACUCGCCUCCUUCCACUCUGCCUCCAAGGGCUACAUGGGCGAGUGCGGGUUCCGCGGCGGCUACGUGGAGGUAGUGAACAUGGACGCUGCGGUGCAGCAGCAGAUGGUGAAGCUGAUGAGCGUGCGUCUGUGCCCGCCAGUGCCGGGCCAGGCCCUGCUCGACUUGGUGGUCAACCCGCCCGCACCCUCCGACCCUUCCUUUGCGCAGUUCCAAGCGGAAAAGCAGGCUGUGUUGGCGGAGCUGGCGGCUAAGGCCAAGCUCGCCGAGCAGGUCUUCAACGAGGCUCCUGGCAUCCGCUGCAACCCGGUGCAAGGUGCCAUGUACUCUUUCCCGCGCAUGCAGCUGCCCCCGCGCGCCGUGCAGCGCGCUCAGGAGCUGGGCCUGGCCCCUGAUAUGUUCUUCUGCCUGCGGCUCUUGGAGGAAACCGGCAUCUGUGUAGUACCUGGGAGCGGCUUCGGACAGCGGGAAGGCACCUACCACUUCCGGAUGACCAUUCUGCCCCCCAUGGAGAAGCUGCGGCCGCUGCUGGAGAAGUUGAGCGAGUUUCACGCCAAGUUCACCAGCGAGUACUCCUGAGUACCCUAGCUGGGGCCGGGCUGGGCCGCCCCUGGACUGACUGACUGCUCAGGUCCCUGGGGGGGUUCUGGAGUCCCCUGGACUUGCUUCUGCUGCCUGGGGGGCUGGGCCCCUGCGUCUCUGCAGGUCCCUAAUAAAGCUGUGAUAGUCUGA